UCCAAGUAAUAAUACUUGUACCAGUCACCUGUGUAUACAGUUUGGUUAUUUACACAGACCACACUGUUUUUUCGGAACAAUUAUUUGAAAGAUCCAUGAAAUAUAAAGAGUUAGUUUGGAGCCCCGAAGUGGAGGCUUAGUUUCACGAAUAGAUUCAGCCCUGCGUAUAUCUUUUCCACUGCGCUAGUAAACUCGCGUGUAGUAGAUUGGCGGGCGCGCGCGUUGUCCGUGCGUGUGCUCUGUGGCUGUACUCUCUGUAUACGUAUUUGUGUGUGCGCGCGAGUAUUUUACGUCCGCUUGCACUACGUCGUGCGCCACCCAGCGGAGUUCUCCUCGGCCGCGUUUCCUCGCGUAUUCGUGCGAGUUCGUGAGCCUGUUUGCUCCUCGGGUCGUCUUUACCUACGUUCUCUCUACGUUCAUAGGUGUAUUUCUACCUUUAUCCUAACCGCCUAUCUUGUUGUCCGUGGUACUGUCAACGAGCCGUUCCAGCUCUAUCUUUGCCUCCGUCUCUACCGGUUGCUCGGCUCUCCCCCGUGUCCCGUGUCGCUCGUGUUCGUGGCGUGGAAAUUGCUGAGAGCAGAGCCACCAUAUUAUUCUAUAUUCUGCCAGGCAGCGGUUGUACGGAGCUAUUUUUUUCUCCCCGCGAUUUUUUUUUGGUGCGACCGAUUACAUUAGUCAAUACGACGUUAGUUACGCGCCUAGUGGAUAAUACGCGACGAUUUCUCUUUGCUCGUGAAUUAUUUGAAAAAUAAAUUGAAAAAAAAAAAAUAAACGAGACGCGUAGGUACGCACGCAAGAGAGUAUAGCGAGGAAGUGUCAGUUUCGUCCUUCUUGGAAUGGCUGCACAUUGUUCUUAUGUCUCUAUGUUCACUGGCAAGCGGUUUUAGUCGUUUAGAGAAGACGCGAUACUUUCACCUCUCUUCUGAUUUGCGUUUAUGUCUCAUCGGUUUCCACUCGUCGCGCGAGAGGAUAUGACCUCUACGCGAGAUGUGGAGUGUUUUGCGAUUGAUCAGGUUGAAUUAGACGAAGGUCAUCAUUUAGAAUCGUCCAAGUUUCUAUUGACUCCUGAAGAUCCAGAGAGAUCCGUGGAUCCUGAAACUCAGGCACGGUUAGAAGCUUUGCUGGAAGCAGCUGGUAUCGGCAAGUUGUCGUCAGGCGAUGGGAAGCACUUGGCUGAUCACGAAGUGCUCCGUCGCUUAACAUCUAGUGUUUCUUGUGCAUUAGAUGAAGCAGCAGCUGCAUUAACUCGUAUGCGCAGCGAUAAUCCACGCACACAAAACGAAAAACGCUCUCUUGUAGAGGCUUGCACCGACGGCGACGUUGGUACUGUUAGGAAAUUAUUAACGGAAGGACGCAGUGUACACGAGACUACAGAGGAGGGAGAGAGUUUGCUCUCUCUCGCCUGCUCGGCUGGUUACUACGAACUUGCUCAGGUACUUUUGGCAAUGAAUGCAAACGUAGAGGACCGUGGCAUAAAGGGGGAUUGUACCCCUUUAAUGGAGGCUGCCAGUGCAGGGCAUGUAGAUGUUGUAAGCUUGCUUAUCGCUCAUGGAUCUGAUGUUAAUGCUCAAUCUACUUCAGGUAAUACACCCCUUAUGUACGGCUGUGCGGGUGGUCACGAAGAGGUAGUGCGAGUAUUGUUAGAAGCAGGUGCGAAUGUUGAAGAUCAUAAUGAGAAUGGUCAUACACCGUUAAUGGAAGCAGCCAGUGCUGGACAUGUCCCAGUAGCCAAGAUCUUACUAGAACAUGGCGCCGGAAUUAAUACUCAUUCCAAUGAAUUCAAAGAAUCCGCUCUAACACUGGCUUGCUAUAAAGGACAUCUCGAAAUGGUUCGCUUUCUGCUAGAAGCUGGUGCAGACCAGGAGCACAAAACUGAUGAAAUGCACACUGCCCUUAUGGAAGCAUCGAUGGAUGGUCACGUAGAAGUAGCUCGUUUACUCUUAGAUUCGGGUGCGCAGGUGAAUAUGCCAACGGAUAGUUUCGAAUCUCCGUUAACGUUAGCUGCUUGCGGAGGUCACGUUGAUCUUGCUAUGCUUUUGAUCGAGAGAGGAGCAAAUAUCGAGGAAGUGAAUGACGAAGGUUAUACUCCGUUGAUGGAAGCGGCGCGUGAGGGUCACGAAGAAAUGGUUGCAUUACUUCUAAGUCAAGGAGCAAAUAUCAAUGCACAAACGGAGGAAACGCAAGAAACAGCCCUUACCUUAGCUUGUUGCGGUGGCUUUUUAGAAGUCGCUGACUUUCUAAUUAAAGCAGGAGCAGAUAUCGAAUUGGGAGCCUCUACCCCUCUGAUGGAAGCUGCGCAAGAGGGCCAUUUGGAUCUCGUUCGAUAUUUACUCGAAUCUGCGGCGGACGUUCAUACUCAAACGCAAACGGGAGAUACAGCGUUAACGUAUGCGUGUGAGAAUGGCCAUACCGAUGUCGCGGAUCUUUUACUUCAGUUUGGUGCUGACUUGGAGCACGAAUCGGAAGGAGGCAGAACACCGCUGAUGAAGGCAUGCAGAGCUGGUCACCUCUGUACGGUUCAAUUUCUUAUAUCGAAACAUGCAGAUGUUAAUAGACAAACGACGAACAACGAUCAUACUCCUCUUUCGUUGGCCUGUGCUGGUGGCCAUCUCGCAGUUGUGGAACUUUUGCUUGCACAGUCUGCAAAUCCAUUUCAUAAACUGAAGGAUAAUUCUACAAUGUUAAUAGAAGCUGCGAAAGGUGGACAUACCAGCGUAGUUCAACUUCUAUUAGAUUAUCCCCAUAGUAUUAUGAUGAGUGCGCCACAUAAUGCAGCUCCUGCACCCAUGUUGCUUCCUCAACAACAACAACAACAACAACAACAACAACAACAACAACAACAGCAGCAGCAGCAGCAGCAGCAGCAGCAGCAGCAGCAGCAGCAGCAACCGCAACAGCAGCAGCAGCAGCAGCAUAUAACGCACCAACAGCAUAUACCCCAUCAACAACAAGCAUCCACCACGCAAUCGCAACAUCAGCAGCAACAACAACAUGCUGCGGAACAAUCGCAGGCGCAAAAUCUUCAACCUAAACAUAAUACGCAAAAAUCGUUGUUAAGAAAGAAUCGAUCAGUAACCAUGACGCCCGAUAUGAGUCUCACUUCCGCUGAGGCGCAACAAGUUCGUUCUCAGCCCGCAGGAGAGUCAAUUGUAGCAACUAAAGACGAUACUAAUAUACUGGAUAAAGGCAGUGGAGGAUUUACUAACCUUUCAGAACCUAAUAUUAGCCUUAGUCCUGCUCCUGCGCCAACGCCAGGAUUAAAUGUCUCGGAAAGUCGAAAGAAUACUCGGCAAGAGCAAAUUCUACAUAAGCAACAAAUUCUCGAAGAACUACAAAGGGUAGAGAGAGAGCUCCAAAUUAAGGGUGCUGGCCAUUUGUUUUCCGGUUCGAGGAAUUCCGUCGUAACUCAGCAGCAGCAGCAGCAGCAGCAGCAGCAGCAGCAACAGCCGGAAGAAGCCAGCGAACCAGAUACGUUGUCACCAGGUUUAGUUUGCAGUACGACUGGUAUGUCCGGAAAUUCUUUAACUCAUCAAGGUACCAGUCAGGCAAUGUCGCUGUAUUAUAACGCUUUUCUCAGAGGAAAACGAAUGGCACAAGAAACUCAAUUGUCUUUACCUCCCGAAAUUUUUCCUACAACAAAUCCACUUUCUCUUGCAACGAUACCUGUUACGUCGUCCGUUCCGUUGGUCACCUCUAAUACGUCUUCGACGACUACGCCGACUCCUCCAAGCAUAUCUACACCACCUACCGUUAUGGCUGUUUCCCAACCUAUUACCGCGAGUAGCGACGUCAGCCAAAACACCGCCAUAAGCGAUCGUCCGAAAGCAAAGCCCGUCUCUAAAAAAGAGGGUAAAAAUAUUCGGAAGGCUACGUCUAGCGUAGUAGGCGGUAAACUGCAGCAGCAGCAACAACAGGCGACCUUGAUGGCUGGUCUUCAACAACAAUAUCAGCAGAAACAACGACAACAUACCUAUCAAGUUCAACAGGUACAUCAGCUGCAGCAACUCAAUCAACAGCUUCAGUUACAGUUGGAUCAAGUACAGGUACAGCAACAGCAACAACAGCAGCAGCAACCACAGCAACAGCCGCAAGGCCAACAACAACCGUUACAAUCGCAGUCUCAACAACAGACUGGAGCAGUUACUGCUAAUGGAAACAACAUACUUAUGCCUACCCAGUUGAUGUCGCAUCUCCAUCCUACGCAUACUCAUCAUCUUCACGACCAGCAAACGACUCAACAAAAUCUAACGGAACAGACAGAUCCUGAGUUAGCAAGACUGCAUCGGGACGGAGCCUGCCCCUUUGUCGCUGCUGCUCAAAAAGCAAAGACACUCUGCACUAGCGAAAGCGUUAUAAAAUUGGAAGACGGCACGCAUAUUCCUCUCGACGACGCUUUCGAAAUUUUUCGAUCUAUUAGUUUCGAUGAUACUGUCGAUGUAGCAACGGAAGAUCAAGAGAAACUCGAAUUAAAAAGAUUGGAAGUAUCGAAUAGUAAGGAUCCACAGCAACCGCAACAGCAGCAGCAGCAGCAGCAGCAGCAGCAGCAGCAGCAGCAGCAGCAGCAACAACAACAACAACAACAACAACAACAACAUUUACAAACCACGCAAAUUGUUCAACAGACGACCAGUCCUUAUACAUCUCAAGAAUAUUUUACCAAUCCCGUAUUGUCGGUACCAUCUGUUUCAUUGCCGACCUUGCCUUCGCUCCAAGUAACCAGUGCUGGUGUUCAAAUACAAGCAGACAUAUCAGCAGGUUUACAGUUAACCAGUACCCAGUCUCUACAAAAUCAAGCAUUUAAAGACUUAAAAGCGUAUCAAGAAGGAUAUCUCGAGGGACUUCGCCAUUUUCAACCUCAAUUGUUACUUCAGUCUUCUCAGAUAACAUUUCCUACGCAAGCUUUACCAACUGUAACCGAAGCGACAGGAAUAAUAGAUAGCAUACCUCAUCAAACAAACGGUUACGUGCAAUCGACAGCCUGUAGCACUAAUCAAGUUCAAGUGGCGACUCAGACCCAAGCUCCAGCAACGACUACCGCCGCGACUAUAGUUGCUUCGGACAAAAAACAAGUUUACACCGCUCCAACAACCGGUAAAGGCAAAAAGGGAAGAUAUCCGCUUUUGUCUCAACAACAACAACAAUCAUGCCAACAACAACAAACUGCCAAUACCCAGCAGCAGGCACCUAAUUUUCCCAGUCAAAAUUAUCAAUUAGAUCCAACCACAGUUGCUGGUCAAUAUACAACAGGUGUUCCGACGGUUGGUGGUUACACGACUAACCAAGUACCACCCGCGCCGUUUUCCUGUAUGGAUGUUGACUCGGAGACAGACAGCAAUCACGAUACAGCAUUGACUUUGGCAUGUGCUGGAGGUCACGAAGAACUUGUUGAACUCUUGUUGAGUCGCGGUGCCGAUAUAGAGCAUAGAGAUAAAAAGGGGUUCACUCCGCUAAUUUUAGCAGCAACGGCAGGACACCAGAAAGUAGUGGAGAUUCUUUUGAAUCACGGGGCUGAUAUAGAGGCCCAGUCUGAACGUACCAAGGAUACGCCUCUAUCUCUCGCUUGUAGCGGUGGCAGAUACGAAGUGGUAGAGCUUCUGCUGAACCGUGGUGCCAACAAGGAACAUCGUAACGUUUCCGACUACACACCUCUGAGUCUUGCAGCAUCCGGUGGUUAUGUUAACAUAAUAAAGCUUCUCCUUAAUCAUGGUGCUGAAAUCAAUUCCCGAACUGGCUCAAAAUUGGGCAUUUCGCCGCUCAUGCUCGCCGCUAUGAAUGGUCAUGUUGCGGCGGUGAAACUGUUACUGGAUAUGGGCAGUGACAUAAACGCUCAAAUUGAGACUAAUCGUAAUACAGCGCUAACAUUGGCGUGUUUUCAAGGAAGACACGAGGUCGUUAGCCUUCUUCUCGAUCGUAAAGCCAACGUAGAACAUCGUGCCAAGACUGGAUUAACACCAUUAAUGGAAGCAGCUAGUGGAGGGUAUGUCGAAGUCGGACGCGUCCUACUUACUAAAGGGGCAGAUGUUAAUGCUACGCCUGUUCCAUCGUCCCGCGAUACUGCCCUCACUAUCGCUGCUGAUAAAGGACACUGCCGUUUCGUAGAAUUAUUACUGUCGAGAGGUACUCAAGUAGAGGUGAAAAAUAAAAAGGGAAACAGUCCGUUAUGGUUAGCAGCAAACGGUGGACAUUUGAACGUUGUCGACCUACUGUACCACGCUGGUGCGGACAUCGAUUCGCAGGAUAAUCGCAAGGUGUCUUGUUUAAUGGCUGCUUUUCGUAAGGGGCACAUCAAAGUGGUUAAAUGGAUGGUAAAUCACGUUACUCAGUUUCCCAGUGAUCAAGAAAUGACAAGGUAUAUAGCGACCGUCAGUGACAAAGAACUUUUAGAAAAAUGCCAAGAGUGUGUAAAAGUUAUUCGAGCUGCGAAAGAGACUCAAGCCGCAAAGGCGAAUAAAAAUGCGACUAUAUUAUUGGAGGAACUCGAUAUGGAGAAGACCAGGGAGGAAUCGAAAAAAGCAGCUGCCGCUCGUAGACGAGAACGAAAGAAGAAAAAGAAACUCGAAAAGAAAGAAGAGAAACGAAAAUUGCAUGAGGAAUACAAGAAAAGUGAAGGAACUUACGAGGACAAGGAGGAAAGCGGAAAGAAGUCAGGCGACGAAGAAUGCGACAGGGCGGACGAUAGCGAACAUGAAACUGGCGACGGUUGCGAAAGAAUGGAUAGCAUGCCAUCGCCAGUUAAUAGAAGCCCUGAGGGACCUGACAGAGAGGAAGGCGACAGUGGAAUCGAUGCAAACAGUCAAGGCAGCUGUAGUAGCAACGAUGUCAAAGCUAGAGAAAAAAAGAAAGAGAAGAAAAAAAAGAAAACAAACAGUCCUAGCAAUAACGAAAAGGAUACGUCUCCCCAAAGAUCGCCCAAGUCCGUGAUCGCUCAAAGCGCUUCUUUGUCUCAAAGUUCCAUUACGCCAACCAAAUCUCAAACCAAUACCUCUGAGAAGAGAACCAUGACUAAUGUCACCAACGGAGUAUCCGUGCCCACCACUUCUAUUACGGCGAGCACCAGAUCCUCGACUGUUAAUUGUGGUGAACGUAAAUUAAAAGGUCAACUGGUGUUUGAGUCUUCGAGACAUCCAGCUGAUAGGGAAGAUUUCGAAGCAACCGGAAACGAAACGUAUAUGCCUGGCAAAGGCAAGAAAUCUUACACUAAUCAAUACGAUGGAGACGCAUUGAACACUUCUACCAAGUUGAACACUACAACUAGUCCCAAGCAGGGUGGCAAGCGCGAAGAAGGUUGGAAGGAAGUUGUGCGAAAGGGGCAAUCCGAUGAUUCGGGGAGAUUUAUGAAUUCACCAUUCCGUUCGAAGAAAGUUUCUGUUCCACCGAAUGCUAUUAGUCGGGUCAUUGGGAGAGGUGGCAGUAAUAUAAAUGCUAUUAGAGGCGCAACAGGAGCGCAUAUCGAAGUAGAGAAACAAAGCAAAUGUCAAGGCGAACGAAUCAUUACUAUCAAAGGGUCAUCCGACGCGACAAAACAGGCUCAUACGUUAAUAGCAGCUCUUAUUAAAGAUCCGGACGUUGAUAUAUUGCAAAUGCUUCCGAAAUCGAAACUAACAGUCGUCACGACUUCCUCUUGGGAUAAGACCAUUUCUACCGUAGCCUCGAGUAAAGCAAAGUUGGGUCCUGUAAGUAAACCACCUAGUCUAACGUCAAAUUCCAAUAGUACGCAAAUUAAUAAAUCUAGUUACCCGUCGGGAGUUUCCACCGUCAAUCAGUUGAUUCCACUCCGAUCGUCGUCUACCAUUAAACUUGCUGGAGCAUUUCCCACACCCCUGCCACGUGCAACCGCACCUAGACUCGUCGCUGCAGCUGAAAAACGAGCUCAAGCUGUAGCCGCUCAAAUGGCUUCGUCAUCGAACACGAAGACGACGAUGUCGUACACCAGCGCGAUCAUGACCGCUGGAAGAGCAACAAAAAUCGUGACGACGAGCACCACGCAAACGUUCGCAGCGAAAUUGUCCGAAAUCACUGCCAACAGCCAUACAUCGACCACUGUGAUGCAGUCCACGCAUACCACGGUGAACAAACAAAAGUCGUUGCAAGCGAACACUGUUACCGUGAUGUCAGCUACGGCUGCCGCAACGGCCCAGACCUCGUCUCAGCAGCCCAUAGUCAGUACAUCGCCGAAACACUGCCGACCACUGCCUACCUUGUCUGCCCCGCCAACAAUGGUCUCGCAUUACACUGGAAAAUCUACUUACUCUCCCGGCUCGAACGCCGCGAUAUCGCCAGCAACGAGCACAGCGAUCUCGUAUUGUCCAGAGAGUUUGAACACCUCGACCUGCUCGAAUUCGGUUCGAGUCAGCCCGUCGCCGCCAAUUGUGUCGCAGUGUCAGCAGUUGCAACAGCAGCAGCAGCAGCAGCAGCAGCAGCAGCAGCAGCAACAACAACAACACCAUCAACAUCAGCAACAGCAACAGCAACAGCAACAGCAAGUACGGAGCUCGACGCCAAUCGCGUCUACGAUUCAAGAACAACAACACCAACAGCAACAGCAGCAGCAACAGCAGCAGCAGCAGCAGCAGCAGCAGCAAUCGAACAACACGCCUCUCGAAUAUUCCUUGUUCAACGACACCUUCACGAAAGUUACCCAACAGUCGAUGUGGGGCGGUCGAGAAAACGAUUCUCAGAAGGGAAUGAACUUUGCGACGGUAGCUGGAGGUGGAGUCUCCGUGAACACGUCGGGCUCGUCAUCGUCCAAAUUCAUUGAUAGCGUGCCUCCUCAGGUGGAUGCAUCAAAAGCUCCUGGAUAUCGAGGAACAACAAUGUGCUCUCCAGUCUCGAGCAAGUCGAACAACACCACUAACACAAACGCGAACAAUAUGGGCAGCGUUGCGUCGUCGAACACAGGCCACAGUCCCAUCCAGCCACCUCAAUUCCAAUCUUCUGGAAAUUACAACGAGCAUUCUCUCUCGAACAAGCCACCAGGUAGCCUAGCCGUGGCGCGACCGGUAAUGCCUCAGCAAAACAUGGAAAUGGGGGCAGCUAUGGGUGCGCAAUUUAGCAGGCCAGUAUUUCAAGGCGAAUUGACAUCGCGUAACGCCACGACGCAUCAGCCGCACGUCAUACCCUCUACGUCACAGCCAACGUUAGACGUGGGUUUGUUUAAAGCGAAUAACGUCGGUUACGAACACCCGAACGUGAAUUCCAGCUUACUAAAGAUGGUGCCGAACGAAGGACAGGGUCACCCUCUUCUUCCCUUUCACCCCCAUAUGCAAAAUUUCACCCAAACAAUAGCAGCGCCAUCCGCCUCGGUAAAUACUACCGUCAGUAUGUCGAGGUUAAAUCCCAGAGCACCAGACUUUUCUAGCUCGCUGCAUUUGAACAGCAAACCACAGGUGACGAUGUUCAACGCCGGAUCAGCGGCUGGAAUACAUCCAAACAUGUUCGCGACGGUACCGCCACCACCUCCGUCCGCGAUUCAAUCCAACAAUUUAGCUAUGCUCGGCAACUUUCCCUUGGGAAAGUAUCAAGCGCCAUCACGAGCCACCCCUAACACUGGUAUCUCCACCAACGGGCAAACGCGUUGGCCAUUCGCUCCACCGCACAACAAUUACCCACCUCACCAAGAUCCCAUGAUGGGUCAAAUAGGCUUCUCCAAUCAUUUGGCGAGUAUAACCGCGCAACCUGGUAGCAUCGAUUUGAUCACCAACUUGGAGAACGGCGGUUCGCCGGCAAUAUCACCAUCCUCGCCGGCGGCGCACGUGGUUCAGGAGUUGGGUCAACUGAAGAUAGAGGAUCGCAAAGUGCCACGACCGAUCGGUACGGAGAGAGCGUGGAAGAAUUACGCUACGGCGGGCAUGGGGCCUGGUGGAGACGCCGAUUCCAUCAAUUGGAUGCUGAAUAACGAGAAACUGGUUGGAUCGUGGGCAAACCUGGGGCCAGGCAUCGACAGGCAUCAGGUGUUUAGAUCCAACGCUGCUUACAAUCGUAUAUCCAAUGUCGACGCGGAACUACACCAGAUGAUGGAAUCCUCCUUUCAGGGUCACGUGGACACUCAACAACAACCGUUCCCUAACGGAAGCGCCGCAGCUCUGUCGCUAAUGCCAGGAUUGACGUUACUACCGGGACAGUUUGGAACGCCUGCGUUGACGGAAAUCCCUCCAAACGAGCAGAACAAAAUGGAUCCACCCGCGUGGGGAAUACCAGACGGUGUUCAAGAUAAGCAACAUCCGGCAUGGAAUAAAUGGACCCAUUAAAAAGGAAGAAACUUUGCGAAAAGUAACACACUUGGCUUCUUUACCCGAGCGAUACGAAAUAGAACCUGGAACUCAAAGUAGCGAAUAGAUGGAACUGGAAUACGAAGCGUUGUUUCUAGCCACUUGAAUUACUAUCCUAAUUAUAUUCAUUAAAACACAAAUUCGAUAUUAUUUGUCAUGCUAGGUGAUAAGGCGGUAAAUCCUUACUACAACUUAUUGCUAUUAUCUAGUAUAAUUACGCGAUCCAAAUGAUUACCGGACAUGACAUAAACAGAGUUCAACGAAACAAAAAAAAAAAGAAAACAUAGAACGGCAGAGCAGAACGGAGCAAAAAUAUUUGAAUCGUUGGUCUCUCUGGGUUCGUCUUUUGUCUAACCUCGGACACGCUGCUUCUGUGUACACCCAGGACCGUAACUCGAGGUCGACGAUAUCAUAACUCGACUCAAUGAAAUGUUGACGACAGUUUAUCAGACUUCUUCCUAUCUUAAUCGUUGCCGGAUCGAUUUGUCCCAUUUACGAGAAUUCAAAUCUUAACGGUAUUCGCUAGGCAUUCGUGAUAAUAAAUUCAAAUACGCAUACUACGUCGGCUUUAGCUUCACCCCCUUAGUAUAGUAGUUCACUCGAAUUAGAAUUCCUCGCAACCUUGUUUUUAACCCACAUAUUUCGCGUAUCGAAUUGAAAAAAAAAAAAAGAAACGAAUACUUUGUUUCAAUUACGUACGCGAAUUAGACACGAGAAGGCUUCGAUUCGCCACAUGGAUAACCACCUCGAGUGUUAAAUAGUACGUAACAACAUUCAACAACAACAACAACAACAACAACAACAACAAUAACAGGAAUGAGUAUAUUAUCGUAACGGAAGAAACAACUUUUGUGUUCGAUGAAGGGUCGAAGGAGAUUACGGAAAAAAAGAAGGACAUGGGGAAAAUCGUUGAGACCCGGAAACCUCGUCGAUUCCUCCUUCGCAUUUUCGUGCGUCGUUUUUUCUCCCAGAUCAAAAUAUUUCUACGUUUCUUCGUGCUGGAACUCUCCAGUUCCAAAUUGCAUAGAUCGUCGACAUCCUUAUGUCGACGGUGAUCCCAUUGGAACGCGUAGAGAAAUCAAAUGUCUCGUAUACGAUUCGUGAAAACUCGAUUGCGACGACUACGCAUGAAAAUUCUUUUGCUCGACGAGAUACUACUCUUUCUCGCUUCUGGCGUUCUCCUACUUUUCUCUUCGUUCUCGUCUUUCGUUGAAAUUCACCGAACGCAAAAGACGCGGAUACAUUCAUUGUCCACGUUGUUUGGAGGGUGGGUGGGUGGGUGGGGGGGGGGGGGGGCGAGACAGAAACGGAAAGAAAGAGGAAAGAAGUUUAAAGACACUCGCAUAAAAUACGAGAAACACACAUGGUUGCUUCUCGGACGAAACAACACGACCAGGCUUUGAACAUCGUUUGAAUUAUAUGAUCUAAAAAUGAAUAGAAAGAAGAAAAAAAAACAUGUUGGCACGAAUUAACGCGCGCGCUGUACUAAUAAUACAUUAAAUAUUAUGUAUACCGAAUCCUAUUCGAUCAAUGAAUAUUGUUCAUUGUUAAACAGGUAGUGGGCCGCCGACACGUAAAUAUAACUCCGUGCGUCCCUAGCAACAGUGCUAUUAUAAUACUAUUAUUGCUGUGGUGGUAAUAAUGUUUAUUAUAUUAUAUUAUGGUUAUUAUUACACAAGACGUAAUUAUAGGAAAUGGAAGGUAAAUAGAAAAAAAACGUCACCUGCUGUUUCGGCUGGACUAGUACGAUAUAAUUAAAUAUUCUAGAUAAACACUCGAUAUACAUAUAUAAGAAAAAAAAAAUGUUCAUUUCGAUUGGACAUUUGAAAAUCUUUCUUGGCGGGGAUUUCGACAAGUGUUCAAUACACAUAGCGACGAUACUGUAAUUGAAACGGUCCCCUACGCGUAAGUUUCGAUGAAGCUCGUGGAAAUUGUACUAGAGCUUUUGAUCUAUUAUUCCAGGGAGCGCUUCAAUUAUUCUCUAAGAUACGUUGUUAUAAUUUAAAGCCUAUUUUCAAAUUUGAUUUAUGAUAAUUCCGAUAUACAACACAAAACUAUUAUAUGACAUACAACAAUAAAGCAAAUAAAUGAAUAAAUAAAUAAACACAAGUUCCGUUUGUUACUUGAUUUAUUCACAAUUACUACACGACGAUGAACGUAUGUUUAUGAACUGUUUGUUACUCUUCUACCAAAAGAACAAGAAGACGACUAAUUUUAUUUCUAGGAAAGCGAGGGAGGAAGAUUAGGAGAAAGGUUUAGAGAUUCGAAUAGCUUGGAAGGAUCAAUUGCUUAGAGUUAAUCCUGAGGAACCAUUCUAUAAGUUUUAAUUAAGAUAUUAAAUAGUUGAUCAAUUGAUAAACAUAACUUUGCAUACCACUUUGACGCUCUUAAGGCUCAAUAUAAUUCUAUUUUAAGCAAGCAAUAUUUUAUUAUAAAUCAAUAAAGAAUCAAAACAUUAAAAUCAUCCUUUCUUGUAAUAAUGCCUCCUAACAAUUGUAAAUUGGGGGCUCCAAUAGUUAUAAAUCGACGCCUAACCAUAUUAGUUAUUUUUCGUUUAUUUUAUUAGUUUAUAGUUUAUAUGAUGUAAAAUCUGUAACAAGGGCAAACAAGAAAAUCAUUAUGGAGUAUAUACAACUCUGCCUAUGACCUCGUCUAAUAAGACCAACUACUGUUGACUACUGUCACGCGACGACGUGACCCUCGACAGAAGUCGAGGUAAAAUGCAACAUCCCGAAUACAUGUAAUAUAAAGUAUACGAGUUACUAAUGAAUAAUGAUUAAAGUUUAGCUCUAAAAAUACAUAUUAAAAUAUGUAAUAUUUUAUACAAUGAUGUUGGUAGUACUGAUAUUUUCGCUCGAAUGAGUAGCCCUCUAGCAGUCAGAAGGUUAAACUAAUUUUCGGAGUUUGGUCAGCGCCUCUUAUUACUGCUAGAUGGCGCCAUUUACCAAUAUUAGACGUUUAGUUCAGCUAUUCACCGCCAGACGCCGCUAUUUACCAAAACCUGGUAAAUUUAGUUCGGGUAGUUGACCGCUAAAUGGCUAUAGUAGCAUUUGUUGCAACGCAACGUAAACUUGCUGGCAUACGUCAUAUAUAUUAUAUACUGAUACAUCGCAAUUAAUAGAAAUUUCGUACAAGCACGUAGUAGAACCCAUCACUUCAAAUUCAUCAAAAAGUCUAAAAUUUACUACUACUUGUUAAUAUUGAAUUGCGUAUAACCGCAGAGAACAAUUCGAAUAAAUUCUACAAACUUCGUGUCUUCGUGACGAGUUUGAUCUACAAGUUUUUCAACACUUCUUUAUACAUUUAUGAACGAUUUAAAAUAUUGAAAAUAAAGUCAUUAUUGCUGUAAGUGGAAUAACAAAGAGAGAAGAAAGAUUAACGAACCACUGUUAUCAUAGAAAAUGUUUAAUUUAGGAGAUAAGCUUACAUAUUAAUAAUACCAAAGAAACAGAAAACUUAUAACGUCUGAAAUAGAGAACAUUUUCAUAACAUCCAUUACAUUAAAUAACAAAUUAUAAAAAAAAUGAAGAGCGUCUGCACCUCGUUCUUUCGUAAUGGCUGAACAAUGAAGAUGUCUCCCGUUUGGAAAACUGUAAUAAUUGCAUUUUGGUCGACGCGUGAAUUAAAUGAAUGCGUUAGUGUCGAAGUGCAAAAAAAAAAAAAAAAGAAAAACAAA